ACAGGAAAAGGGUUUUAAGCUGUUGGGGAUCCUGGAUGUCCAGAGGACACCGUGUGCCAGAGACGCCAUCCUGCAUGGAGCCGGAGGUUCAGUAGCUGCUGGCAUGCUUUUCUUUCUUUCUACCAGUCGAGUGAGGCGCUCCUUUGAUGUAGGAUUUGCAGGCUUCAUGCUCACCACUCUCGGGUCUUGGUUUUACUGCAGAAUGAACAACGCUAAGUUACGGGUGCAGCAGAGGGUCAUACAGGAGGGCAUCCGGAACAAGGUAGUGUAUGAGGGAACGUCUCUAGACCCGACUAACAGACCCAGAGCAGACGCUCCAUCUGGCCCCUCGUGACGCCCAGCGCCUAAUCUCUAUAGCAGACAGAAUCAAAGCGACACAGGCGGCUACCUCUGUUGGAAGCUUUAUUUCUGUUGGCUUGGAAGUCUCUCUAAAGUUUCUGCUACUGGGGAAGUGGUCUGUUAAAGCAGAAAUUUUCAAAGUUGCAUUUAUUCAUAAAAACUUUUUCCAAUACAAACAAGAAACUGGUCUUGAAGUUUAAACUGAGAAAUCUUCUUUUUUUCUUGAGUCAACUCCAAUGACAUAUAUCUAAGAUGUUCAUUUCUGGAACAGUUAAUAAAAAAAUUUAAAAUGCGUA